UUGUGCUAUUGCUUAAACCUUUUUUCUUUUGUGAAUACGUUGCUUUUCUGUAUGUUUGUAUAUGUAGAAUCCUUGUGCAUCUGAGUCGGGGAGGUGCAGAGGUUCAGAUGUUUGCUCCAGAUGUGUCUCAGAUGCAUGUGAUCGACCAUGGCAAAAGUCAGCCCUUGGAGAAAGAGUCAAGGGAUGUCUUAUCAGAAUCAGCACGUAUCGCUAGGGGCAACAUCAUUGACCUGGCAAAACCGAAUGUCAGUAAUCAUGAUGCGGUUAUCUUUCCUGGUCGUUUUGGUGCAGCUAAAAACCUGUCAACAUUUCCCAUUGAUGGGAAGGACUGUAAGGUGAAUAAGGAAGUGGAGCGAGUUUUAAAGGGCUUCCAUAAAGCGAGAAAGCCAACUGGGUUGUGCUGUAUAUUUCUGGUGUUGGCGGCGAAAGUUCUUCCUGGUGUGGAUGUUACGGUGGGUCAUGAGGAGGAGGAAGGUGGGAAGUGGCCAUAUGCUGGUACUACACAAGCCGUCACUGCCCUGGGAGCCAAACAUACUGUCAAAGAAGUCAGCGAAGCCCAUGUGGACCAGAAGAAUAAGGUGGUGACCACAGCUGCAUUCAUGUGUGAAACGAAGUUGCAUUUGAUUUUUGAUGGGAUUGGUGCUAUGGUGAGAGACGUCCUAAAGCUCAGUGGGAAGUGA